CAAAACUUCAUGUGCAUGAAUCGAUGUUGAGAAAUAAGGCAAGAAUGCGCGUAGGAACGGGGCUGCGCGAUAAAACCACUGUGAUUUAGGCCUUACUCCAUGUUGUGGGUGAAACUUUUAAAGCUGCGACUGGAACUAUGAGCGAAAACGACAUUUUCGAGAUGGACUCCGUCUCUGACACAGGAGAGUUGGAGGGUGAUACUGAACUUGGCAUGAUAGACGAGGAAGUCGUUUAUCCCGAGGAGUUUUUACCAACAUAUCACUCAAUUAAAGAAGGAACAAGAAUAACCAAAACACAACUGGCAGAGUUCAACAACAAACCCGACUCCUUGUUCUUCAACGAUGGCGUGAGGCGGAUCGAUUUCAUCCUGGUCUACGAGGAUGAGGAUAAAAAGGAUUAUGAGAAGAGGCACACCUUCCAGCGUCGAAAGAGACGGCGAGAGUACUUUGAGGCCAGCUUGAUGAAGAUGGGAGUGGAGCUGGAGGCCACUCAAUCUGUAAUAGAUGAGAAACUGAUGUUCGUCAAGGUGCACAUGCCAUGGGAGGUGCUGUGCACCUACGCCGAGGUCCUGCACAUCAAGCUCCCGAUCCAGCCCAACGACCUGUCCUCCCGCCCCUCCCCGUGGCGCUAUUUCUCCUGCAUCACCAAGCACUUCUACCCCAACGAGGAGCUGAUCAGCAAGGAGACGGAGUACUUCACCGCCCCCUUUGAGAAAGACCGUCUGGACUACUUCUACAUUAAGGACAAGGAUGUCUUCUUCACUCCGUCCAUGAGGAGCAGGAUGGCAUAUUACAUCCUGAGUCGGGCCCCCUACGAAAUAAGAGGAAAUAUAAAGAAGUUUGGCAUCACCAAACUACUGGAUGGUGGAGUGUACAAAGCUGCCUAUCCCCUCCAUGACUGCAGGUUCAACGUCAGGUCCACAGAAGAGGGCUGUCCCAACGAGAGAUUUCUGCUCUAUGAAGAAUGGGCUCAUCCCAAAAGCUUCUACAAGAUGCAACCACUCGACCUCAUAAGGAAGUAUUAUGGGGAGAAGAUUGGCAUUUACUUUGCCUGGUUGGGUUUCUACACAAUAAUGCUCACUAUGGCUGCUGCUGUGGGACUGGGUUGCUUCAUUUAUGGAUACAAGACUCAAGAAACCAGCACCUGGAGCAAAGAGGUGUGCGACCCAGAGAUUGGAGGAAAUAUAGUGAUGUGUCCACAGUGUGACAGGUUCUGCAAUUACUGGAGGUUAAACACCACUUGUGAAUCUUCCAAAAAACUUUGUAUAUUUGAUAACUAUGGAACCCUGGUGUUUGCGGUUUUCAUGUCAAUCUGGGUAACGUUGUUCCUGGAGUUUUGGAAGCGUUACCAGGCGGAGCUGGAGUACGAGUGGGACACGGUGGAGUUUCUGGAGCAGGAAGAGCCACCUCGCCCAGAGUAUGAGGCCAAGUGUAUCUAUGAGAGGAAAAAUCCUGUCACAGGGGUGAAAGAAAAAGUGCCCUAUACAGCCUGUGGACGAUGUGUUCGGGUGUCGAUAGGAAUGGGGACAGUCCUAUUCUGGAUCCUGUUGAUUCUGGCAUCCAUUGUGGCCAUCAUUGUCUACCGCCUGGCUGUCUUCUUCGCUUUCUCAAAGAAACUCAGAAAUCAGGAUCUGAAGCAGCUGGAGCCGUUAAAGGAGUACGUGACACCUCAGAUGGCCACUGCUGUCACAGCUUCCCUCAUCAGCUUUGUCGUAAUUAUGAUCCUAAACAUUCUCUAUGAGCGCGUCGCCAUCUGGAUCACUGACUUUGAACUUCCACGGACCAAGACAGACUACGAGAACAGCUUAACCCUGAAGAUGUUCCUCUUUCAGUUUGUCAACUAUUACUCUUCCUGUUUCUACAUCGCCUUCGCCAAAGGGAAAGCAGUUAGCUAUCCCGGACAGCCUGUUUAUCUUUUGGGAAAAUACCGUAACGAGGAGUGUGAUCCUGGCGGUUGUCUUUUUGAGCUGACGACUCAGCUCGCCAUCAUCAUGGGUGGAAAAGCCAUCUGGAACAACAUCCAAGAGGUCUUGCUACCGUGGGUGAAGAAUUUGAUUUUCCGCUACUGCACUCGUGUGGCGUCCGAGAAGGUGAUUCCUCGCUGGGAGCAGGACUACCAGCUCCAGCCCGUUUCAAAACUAGGACUGUUCUAUGAAUAUCUUGAAAUGGUCAUCCAGUUUGGCUUUGUGACCUUGUUUGUGGCCUCCUUCCCUCUGGCGCCGGUCCUGGCUCUGGUCAACAAUCUGUUUGAGAUUCGGGUUGAUGCUUGGAAAAUCACCACUCAGUUCCGCCGCGUCAUGCCAGAAAAGGCCCAGCACAUAGGAGCCUGGCAACCCAUUCUUCAGGGCAUCGCCAUCUUGGCUGUUGCAACAAAUGCCAUGAUCAUUGCUUUUACAUCAGACAUGAUUCCACGGUUGGUCUACUAUUGGUCUUUCUCUGUGUACCCAUAUGGAGAUCACUCCAAUAACACUAUGGAGGGCUAUAUCGACAGCUCGCUGUCUAUAUUCAACACCAGCGAUUUCUCCAAGUCCAGCGUCCCCGCUACAGAGAGUGGCCUCAUCACCACCUGCAGGUAUCGAGAUUUUCGGUAUCCUCCGGGGCACCCCAGACAGUAUGAGCACAAUGUCUACUACUGGCAUGUGGUUGCAGCAAAAAUGGCUUUUAUAAUUGUUGUAGAGCACAUUGUUUACCUUACCAAGUUCAUCCUGUCCUACAUGAUCCCAGACGUCCCGUACGCUGUCAAAGAACAGAUCAAACGAGAGAAAUACUUGACCCAGGUUAUCCUCCAUGAGACCAACCUCAAGCUGGUGACCAAACGUUUAAAACCAUUCGGCGAAGAGUCUGUCAACGACACAGAGGUGAAACUGGCAAUGGAAGAGCUGGAGCUUGAUUUCUGACAUGACUACACAGCACCUACCCACAUCUGUUUAAAGCCCCUUAUGAACCAGUGACAAAAUUAAGACCCAAAAUAAGGUAUGGACUUUUGUUAUGGAAAAUGUAUAGCAACCAAUAAGACAGAAGUUUCUUAAGGGGCUGUUGGACAAAGAAAGGAGAAACCACUAAUGUCUGCUCUUCAUCCCUAACCAAGCUCCUCACACUCUGGACUCCCUCAAUAUGUUUGGCUCAUGUCAAGCCAAUGACAGCUGACAGACCAAGUGCAGAAACUAGGAGAGGGACAAACAAUUGUUAUGACAGCACAACCUUACACUAGGUGUCCCUGUUUAGGGGUUACAGUUGGAAUUUGAUAAUAAUUGAUCAAGUUUGAAUUCAGGACUGAAUCUUAAUCUAUUUAACUUUGUAUUAGGCACUAAAACUCAAACAUUGACAUUCAAAUAAAUGAAACGUUUAGCAGAUAGAUUACAUAUUUAGCUAAAUGACUGGCUGAAUGUUCUGUGCAUCAAUUUUUCCAACCUGGUUUGGAUGUUAGAGCACAGGGAGGCAGGGAUGUCAAGACAGUGCCUUCCACUGUGAAUCUUCACACUAAAUGAACCACUUGGUGAUUUUAGCAUGAAAAACCGCAAGACAAUGUCAACUUAAUAGUUUUUUCCAGUGCUUUUGGUUAUAUCACAUGGUCUUUAUCAGCAGAUGGAUUUCUUGUCAUUCAAGCCCUGUAGCUUUUAAGAUUUCUUCCAUAGCACUUAUAUGACCCCUCAACUGUGUUAGCUUAAAAGCUUUCAACAAUAUGGUUGAAAGCUCUGGAAAAAGCUAGUAAGUAGACCUUGAGCUGGGACUUUUUUUUCUCAAAACAUUUGAUGUUUAUUUUUACCCAAAGGGUUGUCCAAUUUUAUGACUAUAUAAAAUGAUAGCUGGGCUAUAUCAGCCUGUAGCUCUGGCACUGUUAGUGUCUCACUCCGUCCAUUGAGCUGCAUGUCGGGCACUCAGAGCUUUCACACACAGGCAAUCUACUGCUGGAUAAGUGCCACUGCUGGGUGACUGUUUUACUUAAAUGCUGACCUAAUAUAUCAGUAUUAUUAUAUACGGAAGAUGUUAAACCUAUGAAUCCAAAGUUGAUGAAGUGUCUUUUUUUUACAUUUUCCUCUCUAUUACUAGAACUGAAAAGCUGUGGUGAUCUUUCAGACAGCUCAUAAUGUUACUAAAGUCAUUAGACACAUGCAGUUAGAAUAGACAUGGACUAACCUUCAACUACAUCUGUUGAUUCAAUGUUCCUCAGGUUACACUCUGUACUUGAGAGACAAUUCACUUUUAGUUCAGUCAAUUCAGGAAGCUAAACCUCUUUGUCAAUUCAAAAAACUAAAGACAGAUACCAUGUCAAAGGUUUGAUGAACACAAGUUUACCAAUACACAAGAAUAGUUUCAUCAUUACUCCUGAUGCAGUUCUAUUUAGCCUAUAUUUUCACUGAAAUGAAAUGAUCAUAGCCAAGUGAAAUGGUUUAGCUGAUGAUGUGAGUAAAGUUAAACUCUUUUUUUAUCCAUGUUGCACUUUUUAAAGUUCCUGUCCUGUGGCAUGACAACUGCACAGAGUUUUGGCUGCAUGUCAUACCCUGUCAUAUCUUGUAAUAUAGGCAAUACAGUAAUCUUCUCCUGUGUUUGCUGAUACCAAUGAGACCAAUACCUCUACUGUAUUAUUGCCUCACCUUGUGAUUUAACAAAGUUAAAUCACAAGGUGAGGCAAUAAUACAGUACUAUAACCACCAUGUAUGUAAACAGUAUCAUACCAGCAAUAUCUCAUGAUGUAUCUCUCUGUUGUUGUUGUUUUUUUUGUUUUAUACAGUGCCAUUAAAAUGUUUUAUAAAAAAAGUUUCAUGUUUCUAAAUUCUUACU